UGACACUUUGUUAUGUGUAGAUGUGUAUGUUUAUAUGGACGGGAGCGAGUUAAACGUUUACUUGAUCGACGACAAUAAAUAUAAACAACAAAGUGAAAGUAAAUCAGUAGUGGUAUAUGGAUUCGUUAACGUAGCCGUAUAUCCGAAGUGUCUACUAAUGCAGUACAGAUAAAAAGCCGAGAACCUAUCCGGAGUGUUUUUUAUUAAGCAAGAGGUUGUCACACGACUUCUCAAUUAUCGACGUCCAUAGUCGUCCGCUGUGGGACUUUCAUUAGGAUAUUUGCUAAACACCAGAAAUGGCUCACUGGUUUCAUCGUAAUGUAUUGAAAGCUACAACCAACCAUAAAUUUGAGUUGAAACAUAAUGAUCCAACCGAUGCAACAAGGAAACUUUGCAGCGACUUAAAAAUGUGUCGCAACCGAUUACUCGAAUUCAUUAAGAAUCCCAACAACACUGCUGCUUCAGUUGAGCCUGCUUUUGUCUCUUAUCUAGCGCUUCUCUAUGGAUUCAUGUGGGAGUGUGAUCCUUCAACAGACGAAAAUGAACAGGUUGGUAGACCAAAUCCUAGCAGGCUCAGGAAUGCUUUUGUUUUCAAAUGGACUCAUACUCUCCUUGGACCUGGUACUAUUUCCUAUGCUGAUUCCAUUUAUGAAGCUGCUAAUAUGAGUAUGAACAUGGGGUUGUGGUUCAUGAAACAUGCUGCAAUGAUUGCUUCUAAGGCUGACAUUACAAUGGAUGAAGCAAAAGAGGUACAUAGUAUGUUGAGAAGAGCAGCAGGAAUAUUUACUUUUAUACAAACUGAAUUUCUGCCACAAUUGUCCUAUCCACCCCCACUUGGCAGUGAUUUAGAUCCUCGUGUGAUAAAUGCUUAUAUUAAUCAAUGUACAGCUGAGGCUCAGGAAGUGACUGUCGCUCGAGCUGUAGAACUAAAGCAUAAUUCUAGUUUAAUAUCAGCUUUAGCUAAUGAAACAAGUAAAUUAUUUUUAGAUGCUGCAAAUACUUUAAGACCUUUCAAACCUGAAAUUUCAGGUCAAUGGAUUAAAUAUCUUGAGCUUAAAUCAAUGUUUUAUCAAUCUUAUGCUUACAAUUACUGUGGUGAAAACUUAUUAGGCAUGGAUAAAUGUGGAGAAGCCAUUAGGGCCCUAAAAGAAAGCAAUGUAUGUUUGGUUAAGGCUAAAACUCUUUGUCAAGAAUAUGGCAAAAUGCAUGGACCAGCCCCAAGAGUGAAACCAGAUCAACAUGCUGUAUUUAGACGUUUGGCUCCUUUGGUCCAACGUACAUUAGAAAAAUGUGAACGAGAAAAUGGAUUGAUAUACCAUGAUCCAGUUCCAGGAGAAGUACCUACCUUAGAUACUAAAGCUACAUAUGGAUUAGUUAGCCCAAUCGAUUUUAAAAUGCCAGAGCCUAAUUCAUUAUGGAAUCUAGGCAUUUACAAAGCUUUGACUGGUGGUAUGACAAAUGCCGAAGUUAGCGGCAAAGAACAAGACUUACCACCAGUAAAAGAAGAAGAAAUACCGCAAAGUAAUAAAGAUCCUAAAAAUGAAAGUGGUUGUAGCUUACAAUAAGCUAAUAAUUAUUUUAUAAUGGUAAUUACAAUUAUGAGGCAAUGUAGUUUUAAACUACAUUCAAGCAUAAAGCUAUAAAAUAAUGAUAUUUUACUAAUUUUAUGACCGCAUUUUUCAACAAUGGCUUAACGUACAAAAUUAAUUGUGUACUGAGAUUGUAUAAUUAGUAUUAUUUGACCUAGUCAAUAUUGUGUUUGUCCAUGUUUAUUUAAUUUUAAUGAUGUUCAAAAUUAUUAGGAUUAUAGACGGUACUGUAAGUAAUUAAAAGAAUGUUACAAUUCUUUCAAAAGUAUAAUAUAACCCUUUUUUGAACAUUUCUAAUUCUAUAUUUUGUUAAUUUUUUAAAGUAAGACUACUUCGCGUUUAAGGUGAUAUUUUGUUACUGACUUUAACAACUGAUGUUUACUCGAACUAUUAAAGAAGAUAUUUUACUUUAUAUUACUAUUUUGUUAGUAAAAAUAGUAUUGUAUUUAGUUUUCAAAU